CACGACCGCCGCUCUCAGUAAGCGCGCAGACGGGUCGCGACGUACUCGUUCGGCGUCACAAAGAACUUUUCAACUGGCAACGUGCAAAUCGAGUUUAUCGAACAGUCAAUUGCACGUCACUGUUUAUCGAUUGUGCACGCGUACAUAAAUAUUAAGCGUAACAAAAUAUUUAAUAUUGAUUUAUUUUUGUGAAAAUGGCACCUAUUUCUAACACAGUGGUGGGAAUCGACGACGAUCAGCGCUUUGCAUUGAUGAAGUUUCGAAGAAGCGUUAAAGACGUUGUGAAACCAGAACACAACGACCAUUUCCUGCUAAGAUGGCUGCGAGCCAGGCAAUGGGACCCGGAAGCAGCGGAAAAAAUGCUCAGAGACUCUCUAAAAUGGCGCGAGAAAUGGGGGGUGGACACAACAUUACCAACAUGGCAGCCUCCGGAGGUUUUAGAGAAACAUUUUCCUAGUGGCAGCACAGGCUUUGACAAAGAAGGCUCACCAGUUAUAAUAGUACCAUUCGUGGGCUUGGACGUAUGGGGCUUACUACAUUCGCUGACCAGGUCGGACGUGAUUAGAAUGAUUCUAAAACACUUGGAGAACUACAUCGCUAUAGCGAGGAAGCAAGCGGAGACCCACGGAGCCGCAGCUUUGAAGUUAACAGUAAUAUUCGACCUAGAAGGGUUCAAUAUAAAACAGUACGCGUGGAAGCCCGCCGCUGAGAUGGUGUUCACAUUACUCCAGCUCUACGAAGCCAAUUACCCAGAGAUAUUAAAGAUUUGCUUCAUUGUAAAUGCACCAAAAAUAUUCUCAUUGGCGUUCUCCGUCGUCAAGAAAUUCAUGCACGAAUACACGAUAUCAAAGAUCAAAAUAUACGGCACAGAUGCGAAGAAAUGGCAGGCGCAAGUGCUAUCCAUUAUUGAUAAGGACCAAAUUCCGGUGCACUACGGAGGAACCAUGGUGGAUGAGAACGGAGACCCCAGAUGUAGUUUAAUUGUUAAGCCUGGCGGGAAAGUACCAAAGAGUUAUUAUUCUAAAAACAUCGCGAGCGAUUCGGAAAAGGAAUACAAGAAAGUAACAAUAAAGACUGGCGAGAAGCACGUCGUUGACUUGUUGUGUCUUGAAAAUGAUAGUGUGUUGAAAUGGGAAUUUGGAAUAGAAAGUCAUGACAUAAAAUUCUCAAUAAAAAGGAAAGACGAAGAGGGCAACGAAGAAGUCGUCCACGGACCGAGGAAGGUCGGAGAAGGGCCCGUCGAUGUAGGAGUGAUGCCUGUGAAAGGACCAGCUACUUAUUCGGUGGUAUUCGACAACAAGAACGCAUUUCUAAGAAACAAGAAAGUGUACUACGACCUCCUCAUAUCCGUGCCAUCUAGAGAUUUGAACAUGAGCGACGAACCAGACGACAGCUGCGAACCAGCGGCCGCCGGGAGCAAGUAACAUACGACACAAACCGCGCAUAACACAUACUAUGUACAUGACAGUAAACUUUGAAGACUAUUUGACUGAUAAACUUUGAGGUUAAACGUUGAACUAACCCAGAAUAAUUUCUUAUGUUUACGCGAAUGUUAGACAUUGCAAUAAAACUAUUUUACGCGUUUUACCGCGGUUUUAAUAUUUUACUGUUUCUCCCGACAUUUCGAAGACUUUAAAACCUUCAUGGUCACAGGAAAGCUAAGGUUUUGGUUAAUGCGAAGAUCCGACCGUCAAUAGCAUUUUUUUUUAAUUGCAUAAUUGUAAAAUGUAAUUGGAUAUUGUAACUUUGACCACCACCUUAGUCCGCCCCAUGACGAAGAAGGUUGCAAUCUUCGAAAUGUUGGGAGAAAAUUAUAAUAUAAAAAACCGCGACAAAAUCAGUAAAAUAGUUUUAUUUCAAAACCCAAAAUAAGUAUUAUGUCGCUGCUUACGCUCGCCUCGAGCUAAUUUACCGAACCUAAAACAGAUACGUGCCAAAUAUCUUAUUAUUUCUGUGAAAAACAGUGAAAUGACAUUUUUUGGUAUGACCUUAACGCACUUUCCCCCAAGGUCGUGAUAAAACUGCACAAAUGAAUGUGGCCAUACAAGUUCAUGCAAUUUGAAAGUACAAGUACCUUAAUACAUGUUACUUACUUAGGUAUAUCUCAAUAUUGUAAUUUUCAUUCGUAGAGACGCAGUAGUAAAACCCAAUAAGUAUUACUUAUCUCGACCCGGGGAAUCGAACCCCGGACCUCAGAGCAAUGUCGUACACGCAAUACAAUUACGCCACCAAGGCAGUCACAGUAAAUCAGUAUUCGAUUAAUUGGGCGAUACCUAAAACGAUCUUUCCCGCUAUUGUCAGUUUCAUAGCAAAAACGGACCAAUCAGAAUAAAGAUUGCUUGACUUGCUUACGGAUGAUUUAUUUUAUUGGUCCAUUAUUAUCAAUAACGCGUAGUUAGCGGUUGAGAUGGUUUAUUGGAAUCUGCCAUAAAAACAAAUGAUUUUGACUAAAUGAGUAAUUAAUGUUGGAAAAAAUAUGUAAAUAAAGCAUUUAAGUGGGUAAGCUCUGGCUAUUCAGUGUUGUUUUGUGGAGGAAAUUACAAGAAUAUCGAAAAAAAUGCUAUUAAAAAGUACAGGAAGGAAGGAGUAGUAAGGAUGGUACAAAUAAUUAUGAACUUACAAUUUUCAAGAUUUAGUGUACUCCCAAAAAAUUAAUGACAAAGAAGGCUUGGGUAAAGGAAAAUUGUUGCGUUCAUAUGUAGUAUAUACAAUGGGCUGUGAUUGUAUUAACAUCUUUAUAGAAUUGUCCCGUAACUUUACUUACAUAAAUCUUGCAUGUAGUGUGAACAUCCAUGCUACUCUAUUUAGUUAUAGUGAGUACCUAUUCCGUCUUUAUUUGAUAGCCGCAUAGGUAAAAGAGUUAAAAAAUCCCUUAACCUCUAUGGCUAUCAAAGCUGCCCUUCAAUAAUAGCCCAUAAUUGCAUAAAGACGAAUUGGUCCCAUUGUCGGAAUGGGGCCCCCUGACUAUACAAGGACUUGGUAAAAUUUUAAUAAAAUGUCGAUUUGUCACUUAGUCAUUUUAAUAAAACUAAUUAAUACCUGUUUUCAUGCAUGGAAGAUCCAGGAAAAAAUCUACUAUUUAUAUCUCCAAAAAUUCACAUAAUACUCGAGGUCUGAUAUUUAAUAAUUAAUAUACAUAAUAUUAUUGUGAGAAAAAGAACUGACGCAGUAUGAUUGUAUUAAAUAUUAUAAACAUUUACACUGACGUCAAUGUAUACUAAUUGAUGAUGUUAUAAAAACAAAUUAAUUAUACGCCUACAAUUUAAUUUAAUAAUUACUUUAAACAUUAGUCAUAUGGGAACACAUAAUUUGAAGUUACUGGUGGUCAAAGGUUUUGAAUCUACAUUGUAUAUUUUGUUAAAUCUAGAAUAAAUAUAGGUUAAAUAUAAUCGGCUGUUAAACUUUUACUUGCACAUAAGUAUUUGGUUGUAUACCUAGGGAUGUAUUCAAUAUUAGGUUUAUUAUUUUCCUGUGAUGACUUUACCUAGUACAAUUUUAAUUUUAAGCAAUAAACAAUAAGCAUUGUAUAUUAUAUA